AGGCCGGGAGAAGAUGCGGGGCUCAGGGCCCCGCGCCGCGAGACGCCGGCGGCCACCGGGCGGCGGCGGCGACACCCCCGGCCCUUGCACAUCCCUGGCCGGCUGCUGCUCCGCACCUCGCAGGGCCCCGCUCUGGACGUGCCUUCUCCUGUGCGCCGCGCUCCGGACCCUCCUGGCCAGCCCCAGCAACGAAGUGAACCUGUUGGAUUCACGCACUGUCAUGGGGGACCUGGGAUGGAUUGCUUUCCCAAAAAAUGGCUGGGAAGAAAUUGGCGAAGUGGAUGAAAACUACGCCCCUAUCCACACCUAUCAAGUAUGCAAAGUUAUGGAACAGAAUCAGAACAACUGGCUUUUGACCAGUUGGAUCUCCAACGAAGGUGCUUCUAGAAUUUUCAUAGAACUUAAGUUCACCCUGCGGGACUGCAACAGCCUUCCCGGAGGCCUGGGAACCUGCAAAGAAACUUUCAAUAUGUAUUACUUUGAGUCCAAUGAUGAAAACGGGAGAAGCAUCAGGGAAAAUCAGUACAUCAAAAUUGACACCAUCGCCGCUGAUGAGAGCUUUACAGAACUUGAUCUCGGUGACCGCGUCAUGAAGCUGAACACGGAGGUCAGGGAUGUGGGGCCGCUCACCAAAAAGGGCUUCUAUCUUGCCUUCCAAGACGUCGGUGCUUGCAUUGCUCUCGUUUCUGUGCGUGUGUACUAUAAAAAGUGCCCUUCCGUGGUGCGACACUUGGCUGUCUUCCCCGACACCAUCACUGGAGCAGAUUCUUCGCAGUUGCUGGAAGUGUCAGGUUCCUGUGUCAACCAUUCAGUGACAGAUGAACCUCCCAGGAUGCACUGCAGCGCAGAGGGGGAGUGGCUGGUGCCCAUCGGGAAGUGCAUGUGCAAGGCCGGGUACGAAGAGAGAAAUGGCACCUGCCAAGUGUGCAGACCUGGGUUCUUCAAAGCCUCACCUCACAGCCAGAGCUGCAGCAAAUGUCCACCCCACAGUUACACCCAUGAGGAAGCAUCAACCUCUUGUGUCUGUGAAAAGGAUUAUUUCAGGAGGGAGUCUGAUCCACCCACAAUGGCAUGCACAAGACCCCCCUCUGCCCCUCGGAAUGCCAUCUCAAAUGUUAAUGAGACUAGUGUCUUUCUGGAAUGGAUUCCGCCUGCUGACACUGGUGGAAGGAAAGAUGUGUCCUAUUAUAUUGCAUGCAAGAAGUGCAACUCCCAUGCAGGUGUGUGUGAGGAGUGUGGCCGUCAUGUCAGGUACCUCCCCCAGCAAACCGGCCUGAAAAACACCUCUGUCAUGAUGGUGGAUCUACUUGCUCACACAAACUAUACCUUUGAGAUUGAGGCAGUGAACGGAGUAUCCAACUUGAGCCCAGGAGCCCGGCAAUAUGUGUCUGUAAAUGUAACCACAAAUCAAGCAGCCCCUUCUCCAGUCACCAACGUGAAAAAGGGCAAGAUCGCAAAAAACAGCAUAUCUUUGUCCUGGCAAGAGCCGGAUCGCCCCAAUGGAAUCAUCCUGGAAUAUGAAAUCAAAUACUUUGAAAAGGACCAAGAAAGCAGCUACACGAUCAUCAAAUCUAAAGAGACAAGCGUUACUGCAGAAGGCUUGAAGCCAGCCUCGGUGUAUGUCUUCCAAAUCCGAGCGCGUACGGCAGCAGGCUACGGGGUCUUCAGUCGAAGAUUCGAGUUUGAAACCGUCCCAGUGUCAGUUGCAGCAUCCAGCGAUCAGAGCCAGAUCCCUAUAAUUGCUGUGUCUGUGACCGUGGGAGUCCUUUUGCUGGCAGUGGUUAUCGGCUUCCUCCUCAGCGGAAGCUGCUGCGAGUGUGGCUGUGGAAGGGCUUCUUCCCUGUGCGCCGUUGCCCAUCCAAGCCUAAUAUGGCGGUGUGGCUACAGCAAAGCAAAGCAAGAUCCAGAAGAGGAAAAGAUGCAUUUUCAUAAUGGGCACAUUAAACUGCCUGGAGUAAGAACUUACAUUGACCCACAUACCUAUGAGGAUCCCAACCAGGCGGUCCAUGAAUUUGCCAAGGAGAUAGAAGCUUCAUGUAUAACCAUUGAAAGAGUUAUUGGAGCAGGUGAAUUUGGUGAAGUUUGUAGUGGACGGUUGAAACUACCAGGUAAAAGAGAAUUGCCUGUGGCUAUCAAAACGCUGAAAGUAGGCUAUACAGAGAAGCAGCGCAAAGAUUUCCUCGGCGAAGCAAGCAUCAUGGGGCAGUUUGAUCAUCCUAACAUCAUCCACUUAGAAGGUGUUGUGACCAAAAGUAAGCCCGUGAUGAUUGUGACAGAGUAUAUGGAGAAUGGCUCUCUCGAUACGUUUUUAAAGAAGAACGAUGGCCAGUUCACUGUGAUCCAGCUUGUUGGCAUGCUGAGAGGCAUCGCUGCAGGCAUGAAGUACCUGUCUGACAUGGGCUACGUGCACCGAGACCUGGCUGCUAGAAACAUCUUAAUCAACAGUAACCUCGUAUGCAAAGUGUCUGACUUUGGACUUUCCAGGGUGCUGGAAGAUGAUCCAGAGGCAGCCUACACCACCAGGGGAGGCAAAAUCCCGAUCAGAUGGACUGCCCCAGAAGCGAUAGCUUUCCGGAAGUUUACCUCUGCCAGUGAUGUGUGGAGCUAUGGAAUAGUGAUGUGGGAAGUGGUAUCGUAUGGAGAGCGACCCUAUUGGGAGAUGACAAACCAAGAUGUGAUUAAAGCAGUAGAGGAAGGCUACCGUCUGCCCAGCCCCAUGGACUGCCCUGCUGCUCUCUACCAACUAAUGCUGGAUUGCUGGCAGAAAGACCGCAACAGUCGGCCCAAAUUUGACGAAAUAGUCAACAUGCUGGACAAGCUGAUUCGUAACCCGAGUAGUCUGAAGACGUUGGUCAAUGCAUCAAGCAGAGUAUCUACUUUAUUGGCAGAACAUGUCCCAGUAGGAUGCGGGGCCUACAGAUCAGUAGGCGAAUGGCUAGAAGCAAUCAAGAUGGGCCGGUAUACAGAGAUUUUCAUGGAAAAUGGAUACAGUUCAAUGGACGCUGUGGCUCAGGUGACCUUGGAGGAUUUGAGACGGCUUGGCGUGACUCUUGCCGGUCACCAGAAGAAGAUCAUGAACAGCCUUCAAGAAAUGGAGGUGCAGCUGGUAACCGGGAUGGUGCCAUUGUAACGUCACGCUCAUGUCACUUCUGAAAGCGAAUAAGUCUGCACUUUGUAAACCACCCCGAGAUUUAACACAUAAAAAAUGGGGAAAAGGGAAAACGGUGAUUCUCGAACAUUCAGAGUUUUUCUCAGCCACGAUAUUUGUAAUCAGUGUUUUAAUACGCUCUCGGGAUCUUCCUCUUGGUUUCUUCAUUCUUCAUGAAGCAACUAAAACCUGAGUAGAGUCAGAACGUGAGCUUAAACAUUAUGGUAUAGCAGGAAAGUCCUUCCCAUUUUGUACAUGAAAUGUCUGACUAUAUAGCACCUUUAUAGACUGAAUCAAGGCCGUCCCUUUCAAAACGUCCAGGGGUGUACUUGAAAGGAAAAAAGAAAAAUUUCACAGCCUCUCGUGGGCUGAACAAGCUGCAGUUCACUGAAGUUUACUUAAAGUCCUAACUGUCUACAUAAGUGUAUUGAAGAGCAAUAUGAUUCUUUAAUAGAUAUCUUCUUUUGUAAUUUAAAAAUGCUGUUACACAGCGCUAAGUUAUAGAAAUCAGUGUAUAAACAUGUCACUUGAUGGAGCAAGGAAAAGUACAAUACAGGGUGUGUAUUUAUUUUUCUGUGUUAUCAGAUUUCUGUUUAGUUGCUCUUCUGGAGAUUACUGGCUGUCCAUGUGUAUAUACUGUCCAAUUUGCAAUAUAUACAGGAAUUGAAUUCAGUUGGAGUUGUAUGUGUGUGUAUGCUUGCACUUACGUGCGCUACUAUUCUGCUUGCCUUUUAAGUAGUGUUUUAAGUUUAGACACAUAUAGGAACAAGUGUACAAAUCUGUAAUAUGAAUAGGAGAAAUAGGGAAGCAGUGAAGGAAGAGUGAGCACAAGCUUGUGUCUUUUUCCUCUCAUCCGUCCAACAACUGCUCAUUUCUGUGUUCACGAACAGGAGAUCUCUGCAAGAGAAACCCACCUUUGGCUUUUUCAACAGGUUAUGAUAUCUGUGACAAUGCAGUUCUUGUAGCCAUUCAUCUUACACCCCUGUAAGAAAUUUCACCUUUCUGAAUCCAGAAAAGAGCUUGUCAGGCCAAGUUGACACUGCAGGGCACCCCGUCAGUGGGAUGUAGAAGGGUUUAAUUGUGCAGCUGUUGCUAAUGUUGUUAAACCGAGGCACAUAGCAGGAAGCGUCAUCCUCAAGUGCCAAUCCUUUGUCUCCAUUCCCAUUAUGGCUCCGUGCAAGAAAUGUUGAUGUUAGGGCAGUAGUGGGAUAGUGUUACCAUCCAGAAUGUUCUAUUUCAUGUUUUGACAGGUCUCGUUUGUUGAUGAUGUUCGUGGAGCGAUUCUGUUUUGUGUUCGGCGACACAGCAUCGUUCUGAUGAACCCCAUUCUGAAGUUGUAUUUGAUUUGAAUUUUUUAAGAAUACAAUGUACGUCCUAUUUGUUCUCUAUGUAUGAUAGCAGGUGAACAUAUUUUUCACACAAA